AUGCCCCAGAUUAAACACAUCGCCAUUGCCACCAACGACGCCGAAAAGACCGCCAAGUUCUACUCCGAGGUUUUCGGACUUCGCGAAGUCGCCAAACUCGACGGCGCGAACGCCAAGGGUUUCAUGCUCAGCGACGGCAACGUCAACAUGGCUAUCCUGGACUUCCAGAACGACACCGUAGCCGGCGAGCGCGGUAAGGACUGGGAAGGCAUCCAUCACAUCGGCUUUGAAGUUGAAGACCUGGAAGACAUCGAGAAGCGGCUGAUGGAAAACAACUCCAAGCCGAUGGACGAUGUCAACAACGCGCUCCACGCCGGCAUGGGCGGACCACGCACAGAGAACGUAGAGACCAAGUACGAGGGCCCCAACGGCGAGAUGAUCGACGUCUCCGGAACCGGCUGGGUCGGAACCCGCGGCCUGGAUUAG